CCACCGGCACUCAGUCGCCUCGCGCCAUCGGCCGGUGACGCGACUUUGCGGAAUUAAGGGCACGCGAAUCAAAUCCCUAUCUGGGAUCUCGCACCCAUUACCACCAUCUCGCUCAGCCUGGGAGGGCAAUGCUGCUGUUUUCCCCUCACCACUUGCAACCUUGCAUCAGGACUGCAACAACACGAUGCCUUUCAGCACUAAGCGCAAAAUCUUCACCCUGCCCUCCCUCGUUGUCUUCACGCUCGCCUUCGCCACGAUCGCGACUAUCCAAAAGGCCGCCGCCUCGACCACAUCUGGUUCAAGCCUUAUAGCCCGAUACACCGAGCCCCUGCAGAUUCCUCGACCUUGCUCCGAGUCAGGCUUUUUUUGUCUCACGGUCCAGACCAUUAAUGGGGCCCUGAUCGACUUCAAGACGAACCCGCCUUGUGGCGUUCAUCAGACCGUCGAUCACGAUGGGACCAGCUGUGAGUGCGCUGCGCUCUUUGACAGAGAGGAGAAGGGCAACUUUGCUGAUUGCCUCACUGCGACUAUCAUAUGCCACAGGGCGCACAUUUAUAUUCAAUGGCAAAUGCGCCGGACAUGUUGUGUGCGUACUUGCUCUUCGCUCUACUCGCUCUCUCAUCGCUCACGUCGGCCAUCUGACACCACGUCUCCCCACUCCCUGGCCCCGCGCAGCCUGAGCUGCACCGUCGAUUCCCGUGGACAAGUCGACCGCAGCGUGGUUCUCUUUGGCUAUGCCACCGUCAACAAGCAUGGCUCGUUCAUUAGCACGGAUGCGCCGACCAUCGUGGGCAAAGGGUCCAAUGGAGAUCAUAUGGAUGGGGCCGGGUUGGUAGGCCAGAAAAGCUUGUACAUCGAUAGUUUGUGGGCCGACUUCAGGGUUUGGUGCAAGCGUUGGUGAUCACAAGGGGUCGCCAUCUUUUUCAAUGCCGACGAGCUGAGGCAAGCGCCUGAUCUGAACCUCCCAAUCUACCAUCUUUCGCUUUCAUCGACGUUGCUCGUCCUUGCCGCGAGAUAUCGUUUCUCGGAGAGUAAGCAAGCGAGCUUGCUCCGCCGAUUCUCGGCAGGCCACGAGAUCAUUCAACGCAGAAUCGACCAAUUUCAAGGUCGAGAUGCACCUUCUCGCCGCCUUCCCUGUCUUGUCGCCUACCCCGUAUAACCGCCGCCGCCGCCAUCCGAUCUCCGCUUUGGGA